CGUGCCACGCGCUCGAGGCGUUCGCGGGGCGGCUGCGCCGGGGCAGCGCCCGCCUGCGCGCCCACUGCUACCGCGCCGCGCUCGAGAGCCUGAUCCGGGCGGCCGACCCCAGCAAGAGGCGCCUCGGGGUGCAGACGGGGAAGAAGGCCCACGAGCUCAGCUUCCCCGACUACGCCCGCCUGGGGCUGCCCCGCGUGGGGCUGGACCCGGCGCAGGUCCCGCUGGACUCGGGGGCGGUGGGCGCCAUGCUGGGCCGGCAGCACGAGGUGCUGGCCUUCCUCAGCCUGGCGCUGCUGCUGGCCCCGCUGGUGGAGAGCCUCAUCCUGCUCGACCGCCUGCUCUACCUGCGGGAGCAAGGCUUCCAGUGCGCCCUGGUGCCCCUCUUCGACCCCCGGUUCUCCCCGCGCAACCUGGUGCUGGUGGCGGCGCGGGCGCCGCUGGACGGGGUGCUGGAGGGCCUGGAGGAGGACAGCAGCGAGGAGGAGGAGGAGGAGGAGGAGGAGGAAGGGGCUGGGGGGGCAGCGCAGCCCCCCGGGCAGGGACGGGGCUGAGCGGUGCGGUGGGGACGGAGGGACGGGCGCCCAACCGCUGCCGUGGGGCAGGAGGAGCAAUAAAAUUGGUUUUUUUGUUUGUUUUUUUUUUUUUUGUGGUGCGGGGCUCGGAGUGAGGGAACAAGGGGGGGGGUGGGGGGAAAGGCGGGCCUGCCCCCCCCCCCCCCCGGCAUGGCCGAGAGCCGCCCCGAAAGCGCCGCAGCUGCAAAAAACAGGGCGAAAACCGAAAUAUAGCUACA